UUUGGACAGCGGUGGCAGUAAUGCGCCAUGGUUAGUUUAAAUCUGCCUGAAACCCACGAAGAAGACUGUUAUCCUCACCAUGGCGGAAACAGAGCAGCAGUCAGGAUCCACUCCUGAGGAUGAAGCACAUGAAGUCACAGACAGCGUCACCUUCAUGGUCCCCAAGAAAGAAAUCAGCAUGGUGCCUGACAUGAGCAAGUGGAAGCGAUCUCAAGCGUAUGCUGACUACAUGGGCUUCGUUCUGACACUGAAUGAAGGUGUGAAGGGGAAGAAUCUCACAUGUGAAUAUAAAGUGUCAGAGACAGUGGAGAAGUUACUAGAUCUUUUGGAGACUCUUGACCGGUGGAUAAACGAGACCCCUCCUGCUGACCAGCCAUCCCGCUUUGGUAAUAGGGCCUACAGAACCUGGUUUGCCAAACUAGAUCAGGAGGCAGAGGCUUUGGUGGCAGCGGUGCUCCCAGCUGAUAGAUGUGCUGCAGCUCCAGAGAUAGCUGUCUAUCUGAAAGAGUCUGUUGGGAACGCCACCAGGAUAGACUAUGGAACAGGUCAUGAAGCUGCCUUUGCCGCAUUCCUCUGCUGCCUCUGCAAGGUUGGAGCUCUCCGGGUAGAUGAUCAGCUGGCUAUCGUUUUCAAAGUGUUUAACAGGUAUCUGGCAGUAAUGCGGAAGCUGCAAAAGACCUACAGGAUGGAGCCAGCUGGGAGCCAAGGUGUGUGGGGACUAGAUGACUUCCAGUUUCUGCCCUUCAUUUGGGGAAGCUCCCAGUUUGUAGAUCACCCAACACUGGAGCCCCGGCACUUCAUCGAUGAGAGGGUGGUGAACGAACACCACCAAGACUUCAUGUUUCUGGAGUGCAUCAAGUUCAUAAAUGAGAUGAAAACCGGUCCGUUUGCGGAACACUCCAACCAGCUGUGGAACAUCAGUGCAGUUCCUUCCUGGUCCAAAGUCAACCAGGGCCUGGUCAGAAUGUACAAGGCCGAGUGUAUGGAGAAGUUCCCUGUGAUCCAGCACUUCAAAUUCGGUAGCCUGCUGUCCAUCCAGCCAGGGAAGCCUUGACGCUCAAUCUUCGCACACAAUGGAAAGACCAAAAUCCCAACAGUGUUCCCUUUCUCUGGCAUCUUCACGUGCAAAUAAAACAGUAGCAAAAUUCAACCACAUGUAGUUUGACACACUGAUUCCCACACGUUCAAGCAUGUGGUCAUGAAAGCUUGAAGGCCAUCCAUAACUGCAAUGCAAAGCAUGUUGUGGAUGACUUUUGGGAUUUUGGAACAUCUUUAUAUAUAUUUUUUUCAUGUAUUUAUAUUAUGGAUAGAGUUUGAAUCGGGCUCCUUUUUUGAGGGAUUUAAAAAAAAAAAUUUUUGUAGAAGUCUAUUCAUUGAUUGAAUUUUCCUCAAAGGUGUGGCUCCUCGUGAGCAGAGACUCUGUGUGACUUCUACGAAAUCAUUAGUCAUAGAUUCUGUAGAUAUUUUCUUUGUUUUACUUUUAAGGCCAAAUGUUUAAAGUGUAUUGCAAAUGUACGAACAAUUUGAUUGCCCAGUUCAUCCCAACAUGUAAGUCAUAUUAAUAAUUUGCUAAGAAAUAUCUGUGUUUGAGUGUUUUUUUUUUUCUUAAACAGAAUGUCUUGACAGUUCAAUGUCUCUCACUCAAAGGCAAUACGUAAAGGAUUAGGUUUUCAAAGCUUCUGUAACAGCUCAUCCAAAGUUUAAUGUACAGAGUUUAUUCAGUCAUGGUCACAAGCUUUGCAUGAAAUCCCUAUUUUAGUUCCCACUCCCUGACCUGUCAAACCUGAUUUAAUAAAAGUCAUCUAUUAUCUGGUGACCCCACCAUGAA